AUGGCAUCCUCAAAGCCUCCAGCUUCACAAGUUUCUGAUUCGACAUUAAUGGAUACAGCAAAUACCGCUACAAAAAUCGCGGACGAAAAACUCGAAAUACCUGACCAUGAAGAUAACCCUCAAGAAAAGGAGUCAAAAGCAAAGACAAUCCUUGUUUUCAUUUCGGUGUUUCUAAGCAUGUUUCUAGUCGCAUUGGAUAGAACCAUCAUUUCAACGGCAAUACCCCAAAUCACAGACGAAUUCAACUCCAUAACCGACGUUGGUUGGUACGGAAGUGCAUACCUACUGACAUGCUGCGCUUUCCAACUACUCCUCGGAAAAGUCUACACUCUAUACCCGAUUAAAUUCGUCCUGAUCGGUAACAUCCUACUCUUCGAAAUCGGCUCAGCAAUUUGCGGAGCGGCGCCAAAUUCUUCUAGUUUCAUAGUUGGAAGAGCGAUAUCUGGAAUCGGAGCUGCUGGAAUAUUCGCAGGAACGGUCGUAUGCAUCGUACACAUAGUCCCUCUCCACAAACGUCCACAAUUCCAAGGCCUUUUCGGUGGGCUGUUUGGUCUGGCUUCGAUCAUUGGACCAAUCGUUGGUGGGGCGUUUACUUCACAUGUAUCAUGGAGAUGGUGCUUUUAUAUCAACCUUCCCCUCGGUGGGGUAUCGCUUCUUGUGAUAUUCUUUUGGCUUCAUAUUCCGGAGCAGGAGACUAUGAAGCAUCCGUGGGCAGAGAAGUUGCUUCAACUUGAUGUUGUUGGUACUACGAUGCUAGUCCCCGGAGUGGUUUGUCUUGUGUUAGCCAUGCAAUGGGGUGGACAGAAAUACGAUUGGAACAAUGGACGAAUUAUAGUUUUACUCGUCCUCAUGUCGGUUCUUCUUGCCGGGUUCGCUGCGGUGCAAGUACUAAUCCCCAAAACUGCCACUCUACCAAUCCGCAUUUUCAAACAGAGAAGCGUCGUCUCGGGUUUCUGGCAGACGCUAUGCAUCGGAUCUAGCAUGUACGUUUAUAUUUACUUCCUCCCACUCUGGUUUCAAACAAUCAAGGGAGUCUCCGCCGUCGACUCCGGCAUCCGUAUCCUUCCAUUCAUGUUAUCAAUGGUAGUCGGUUCAAUGAUUGGUGGCGCCGUAACAACACGAGUAGGGUACUAUACCCCCUUCGCCAUCGUCGGUUCCUCUAUCAUGUCCGUUGGUGGUGGUCUCCUCACAACUCUCCAAAUCGAUAGCGGACCGAGUCAAUGGAUUGGCUACCAGGUAGUCUACGGCCUGGGUAUGGGACUAUGUUUCCAAGUACCAAACCUAGCGGCACAAACAGUACUACCGAAACAAGAUGUUCCAAUAGGAAUAGCACUCAUGUUCUUUGGACAACUGUUGGGAGCGGCGAUUUUUGUGGCUGUUGGAGAGAAUGUACUUGGGAAUCAACUAGUGAAUCGGUUGAGUGGGGUACAAGGGAUUGAUAGAACAUUGAUUACGGAGGGAGGAGCCACGACCCUUUUGAGCGGAUUGGAUGCGGAGCUCCGAGAAAUUGUGCUUGUUGCGUAUAGCGAGGCUUUGAGGAAGGUAUUUCAAGUUGGGUUGAUAGUUACAUGCCUCGCUGUCAUUGGGGCUGCGACAUUAGAAUGGAGGAGUAUACUGAAAGAGCAAGCUCAGAGAGACAAGGACGCCCAAAAGGAAGCAGAGGACCAAAAAGCCUAG